CUGAUAUAGUUUUUUAAUUUCAGAUUUGACAGCUUCUUAUUCCAAGGGUAGAAAAAUGCUCUAAGCGUAAAAUAAGCAGGAGUCCAAAACAAAAUGGCGUCUCAACCUGACAAGUGCGCAUUUUGCGACAACCCGUGCACAUCACGUAGCUGGCAAUGUAAUAUCUGUCUGGUAACUGUUUGUUCAAAUAAAUGCGCUGAGCGAGUUCAGUUUGCGCACGAGUUCAAUUGCCGCGGCUCUUUCAAGAUGGACAUGAAGAAUAAAACAAGUGAGACUAAGCAGGGGAAGGGACUAUCUAAAGUAACCUGCAGAUUUUUCGGAAUGGGCACAUGUAGGAAGGGAGACCAAUGUGUUUUCCUCCAUGCUAAAGACAAGUUUGUUUGCGAAUAUUAUCUGGAUGGCUUUUGCAAAUUCGGGAAAAAGUGCACAAAUCUGCAUCCAGGAGAAAAGGAUAGUGUCCAGGGUUCACCCAGACCUGGAAAAAUUAAGAAUGUUGUGCAGGGAGAGACUCCAAUCUGUAUCCAGUUUCAAAAAGGAGAGUGUAAAUAUGGAAACAAAUGCAAUUACAGACACUUUUUCCCUUCUGAGUCGAUGCCCCCACGUUUGCAUAAGAAAACCCUACUUGAACCCGCUACUAAACCCGCUGGUCAAUCUCCUAAGUCCCCUAUCCGACCUGCCAAACCUCAUGUGAAAAAGAAGCCUGAAGUGGAGGAGGUCAAGUAUGUGGCAAUUUGUAAGUUCUUCAACAGAGGCGCAUGCGCGUAUGGUGACAAGUGCAACAAGGCGCACGAGAAGCUGCCGUUGUAUAAGAAGGAUUUAACCACGGAGAUGAUCAUGAAGAAGGUUGUAACGGUGGUAGAAGAGAAGGGGGAUACAGAUGCUAAAUGCAAAUCAGAUUCUCAAUCAUCUGAUGAGUAUGAAGGUUACUACGAGGAUGAAGAGGAUUAUGAGCAAGGACAGGAUGAAGAUGAGAAGGAUGAGGUGGAGGAAGAUGAGAUAUUUAUGUCGGAUUCUGAAUAUUCUGACGAGGGGAGUGAUGAAGGAAUUUCGAACAAGAAUUCCGGAAAUGUGUCACAGACUUUUAUAAGUCAAGAUCAGCAGUUAUCAAACAUUAAGAUACCAGUUUCAACUUUUAAUAACACAGCUUCGAUACCUGCAAUUAAGAAGAACCCUCCUGCAUCACCUGUUAUUAAUAAGAACUCUCCUGUAGCUCCUGUAAUCAUAAAGAACCCUGUUGUACCUCCUGUAAUCAUAAAGACCCCUGCUGUAUCGUCUGUAAUCACUAAAAAUCCCCCAAACCCUGUAAUCAAAAAGAACCACACCAAAGAAACGUACAAUAUUCCAACCCCGCCGGUAAAAUCUCCGAAAACGAAUUCCAAAAAUAAUAAUUCCUCCGCUAACUUGGACUCAAACCGGAACCCUAAACCGAGCAAGCUGAAUAUAAAUCAUCUUAAUCCAUUUGAGGUUCUGAAACCCGAGUCGGAGGAUUCAGAAGAAUCUGAUUCCGACCUUGAGGAUAAGAAUGAUUUAAAGGGCAAGGGUUCUUUUGUAAAUGAUGAAGGUUCCCAUAAAGCUAACAAUGUUUGCAAAAGGGAAAAGAAAGAAAAGCUGAAAUUGCAGAAAAUGAUGACCACCAAGAUCAUAGUUGAUAAUCUAAGAUAUGAGGGGAACCAUCAGUUUGAGAAGAAAGAAUUUAAAAAUUCCAUUAAGCUUUAUACUCAGGCGAUUGCAAAAUGUGGUCCCAACAAUCCAGAUCCUAAACUUUACAAUAAUAGAGCUGCUGCAUUCAUGCAGGAUGAAAACUUCCGCUGUGCGUACAAUGACGCACUCAAAUGCGUAGAUUUUGAUAAAAAUAAUGAAAAGGCCCUGGUUCGGAUUAUCAAAUGCUGCGUUGUUUUAGGCUUUGUAGAAGAAGGACUAGCAUAUCUGGCAAGAACCCGUCUAGAUCCAAAAGAAGUUGCCGGAUAUCAGAAAAAAAUGCAAACAAUCUCUAAAUAUCGCCAGGAAUUCCUAAGAUUGGCUGAAGCAGAUGAAUAUGAUUCAGCUGAAGUUUAUGCGGAUAAGGCCCUGAAGAUCUGCUAUCAGAGCGCUGAGUUCCGGGUGUACAAGGCCGCUAUGCUCGCCUUACAGAAGAAGACUGCUAGUGCUCUAGAAGAACUCAAGAAACUGGAUACUAAGGAUUCUUCUAUAAAAACUUGCUGGUUCUAUUUUGCGCAAGGUCUAAUUAACUUUUAUGAAAAUGAUCUAAACCGUGCUCUAUCUGGGUUUGGUGAAGCUAAGCGUGAGCUGAAGCAAGCUGAGAACUGGCAUGAAAAGGUUGCUAGUAUGCACAGCUGUCUACAGAAUGGGAUAAAGCAUCUGAAAUCAAAAGAAUUUUCUGAGGCUAUUAGUUGCUUUUCAGAUGGGCUAGCUUUAGGAGAGGAGAAUUCAAAGUACAAACUCGAGAUAUUUAAGCAAAGGAGUACGGUGUUCUCUAAACUAAACGACUAUAGUUCUGCUGUACUGGAUUUAACCAGCGCUUUACAAAUAAGUCCCAAAGAUAUAAAGCUACUGCAACUGAGAGGUCUGGUGUACUUGGAAUGGUCUGAAUAUGAUCUAGCUCUACAGGAUUUCUUGGCAGUUGAUAAAAUCCUGCCGAACUCUAAGAUCAACCAGUACAAUAUCGACAAGGUAAACAGGAAACGAAAAGUGCAGCAGAAGCAGGAGAAGCACGAGGAGAGGGAGAAGGAGAAGGAGGAAAAGAAGAAGAGUGCGGAGGCGGAAAGACGGCAGAAAGAGCUGGAAAGACGACAGAAAGAGCAGGAAAGACGCAAGGAGCAGAAGGAAAGACGAGAUCAAAGACAGCGGCAGUCGAGAAAGAAUGAGGAUUCGAACAACUUCUAUGAGGUUCUAGGUGUGUCUCAGGAUAUAUCCAGUAAGGACCUUAAAAAGGAGUUCUACAAACAGGCUAAAAUAUGCCAUCCGGACAAGAAUUCAGGAGCUACAGCCGAGGAGAAACAGAAGUUAGAGAAGAAGAUGAAGGAGAUCGCCCAGGCCUACCACGUUCUCUCAGAUCCGGAAAGGAGAAGACUGCAUGAUAGGAAGUUGAGGGGAUACAACCAGCACUACUGUGAGGACUGUUGUGGGGAUUGCGGAGACGACGACGACGAUGAUGAUGAUUACGAAGAUUACGAUGAUUACGAAAGGUUUUCAUACGACGAUCUGUUCCAGUUUAUCUUCCAGAGGUAUUUCAACGAUCGAAGAUACUACUUCUGAAGUGAGAACGAAGUUAAGAAACAAACUAGAUCAACACGGAAAAAUACCCACAGGAACCCCUCCCAAACUGAUUUUCGGUUCAUCUUUAUGUUGAAUAUGUUUAAGAAAUAUAUCCAAUAUUAAUAUGUUUA